CGGGCCGCCGCCCGGCGCGGGGGCCAUGGCGUUCACCUUCGCCGCGUUCUGCUACAUGCUCACCCUGGUGCUGUGCGCCUCCCUCAUCUUCUUUGUCAUCUGGCACAUCAUAGCCUUCGAUGAGCUGCGGACCGACUUCAAGAACCCUAUCGACCAGGGGAACCCAGCGCGGGCACGCGAGCGUUUAAAAAACAUCGAGCGCAUCUGCUGUCUCCUGAGGAAGCUGGUGGUCCCAGAGUACUCCAUCCACGGCCUUUUCUGCCUCAUGUUCCUGUGCGCGGCAGAGUGGGUGACCCUGGGCCUCAACAUCCCCCUCCUCUUCUACCACCUCUGGAGGUACUUCCACCGCCCCGCGGACGGCUCUGAGGUCAUGUACGACGCGGUCUCCAUCAUGAACGCCGACAUCCUCAGCUACUGCCAGAAGGAGUCCUGGUGCAAACUCGCCUUCUACCUGCUCUCCUUCUUCUAUUACCUGUACAGUAUGGUUUAUACGCUGGUGAGUUUCUAAGGGGAAGCCGGCCAGGGAGCAAGCCCAGAACGGACCGGACGCCUGUGCACCCCAGCCCCGCCCCUUGGCCAUGGAGGCCUCAGCCCUGGGGAGGGAGGGGGCACUGGUGCCCCCAGCCUCUCCAGCCCCCCCCAACUGCUGCUGCGGGAACCCCCCGCCUUCAGAGCCCUUGCCCUUGGACUAGGGCUGGGCAGAGCUCUAAACACGGGCGGGGCUCCUCUGCCAGCCUCUGGGCGUGGCAGCCAGUCCUGCGAGGGGCGGGACCUCCGGCCUUGUCCAUUUCGGGGGAAACCUUGGGCCACCACCCUCGACCCCAGCCUGAGGCUCCCCCUGCAGGUGGGGGGGCACCCACACCGGGAAUGAGCGGGCUCAGCAGGGGGCAGCCCCAUCCCUAGUCUGCCCUCCCCCCCAGGCUCUCCACUUGCCCCGCCCCCACCCCCACCCCCCUGUCUCUUGGACCCACUUUCUAUGUCACCUGGAGGAGUCCGGCACCCCCUCCCCGGCCAUUUGUGACAAAACACGAAUAAACUACUGCAAAC